AUGCCAACACAAGAUUCGGGCGUAGCCUCUUCCCGGACAAUCGCGGCCUCACUCGCAGCUUCCGGGUGCAAAGCUGCAGGUUGUGCUGAUGGGCGACGGCGGUCUUACCAAGCCUGUGCGGCUUUGUCCUUCCGCUCACGAACUGACCGUGCCCAUGCGCGUCGCCACAAUCAUUCCGCAGUUGCUUGCAAGCAGCCGGGGUGCUGUGCUGGAGCUGCUGGGCAACUCGUCGCUGAAGCACUGGAUGCAAAGCUCCAGGUCCAGGCAGCAUGGGCCCUCAAAGUGCUCAGCCAAGUCGUGAAUGCGGGCCUUGGCACCUCGCAUCUCCAUUGCAGAGAGGCUGUGGGAGAGCUUCCACGCCCAACGCAGGUUGGCGCUUGCUACAAGACGGGAGGGGCGACAGUGACGGGCACGGCCAAAGACUUGAGCCAAGCAGGAACGAGGAGCUUUGGAUUCGAGCCAAAGCGGAUGCGGAAGCUGUUCUCUAGGCGGAGCGUCACGGGCCCGGUGUCCUGA